AUAAAAUUAACUAUGCUUUUGACAAGCUUAGCUGCCCAUAAAGUUAGUGUGCCUCACAAACCCCUCCAUGGUCAUGGUCUUUGUUUUGCUAGGGUAACCAAACGUUAAUCAUUGGAGGUGCCUUAACAAGACAAAAAUGUGAAACUCGUUUUCGUCUCUCCAUUAUUUAUUUUACUUUCGCAGAAGCGUUGUCUCCUGGUUCCCUGUGGUUUGCUUGUUGAGACUGUCGAACAUCUUCAUUGGCAAUUUGGCAUUCCCCCUUCCAGGGUUUCUUUCCCUGUAAUUCUCUGAUGGAAAGAGUCAGACGAGCCUCUCAUGCAGGGUCAUGGUACACAGACGACUCUGAGGAACUUGAAGAAGAGCUUGAUGAAUGGCUCAGUGCAUCUGGAUUGACUAAAUCUCCUGAUGUGAGAGGCGUGAUUGCCCCACAUGCUGGUUAUUCAUAUUCAGGUAGUGCUGCUGCAUUUGCAUUUGGCAACAUUGACCCAACAAACAUUUUACGGGUGUUUAUUCUUGGUCCGUCUCAUCACUACUACACUCCCAAAUGUGCUCUUUCAAGUGCCACAAUUUACAAGACGCCUAUUGGAGACCUGCCAAUUGAUUUGGAAGUCAAUGAGGAGCUAAAAGCUACAGGAAAAUUUGAAACUAUGGAUCUGCAAGUAGACGAGGAAGAACAUAGCAUGGAAAUGCACUUGCCGUAUCUUGCCAAAGUAUUUCAUGGGUACUCGGUAAAAAUUGUGCCAAUUUUGGUUGGUGCUCUUGAUUCAGAAAAAGAAGCAAUGUAUGGAAGGGUGCUAGCCAAAUAUGUUGAUGACCCAAUAAACUUCUUUUCAGUGUCUUCAGACUUCUGUCACUGGGGAUCUCGGUUUAAUUACAUGCACUAUGAUCAGAAAUAUGGCCACGUCUACAAGUCCAUUGAGGCCUUGGAUCAAAUGGGAAUGGACACAAUAGAGAUAGGUGAUCCAGACGCAUUCAAAGACUACCUAUUGAAGUACAAGAACACAAUUUGCGGCCGCCAUCCUAUCAGUGUUUUCCUCCAUAUGUUGAGGAACUGUUCAACAAAGAUAAAGAUCAAAUUCCUUCAUUAUGAGCAGUCCAGCCAAUGCAAAACAAAAAGGGAUAGCAGUGUAAGUUAUGCAUCUGCAGUAGCAAAAGUGGACUCUCCAUGAAGUCAAACAAUAUCAUCCCAAUUUAUCUAGACUAUGCUUGUCUUGACUCUUAGUUGUUUCAACUAUGUAAUUUCUGGUCUUUUCGACUGCAGUAACUCAAACUCUAAUUGAUGUUUAUUCUCAUUUUAAACCACCAAUAUUGAACAGCAAGAUAAUACCAAACAUUCUGAAAUGCAAGUAACUAUGGACUAUAAAUUGCACAAAA